GUCACAGCAGAGUGCGACAGCGAGCUUCCGGCGGUUGUAUAGCUGAUUGAAGUUCGAACCAGCGGCAACUUUCGAUGGCGUGCGGCACGACGGAACGGAACGGAGUGUUACGGUGGUGCAGCGGCGGAGUUAUGAACGGUAUGAAGAUCGAAUUUUGAAGUGAUUACGAAAGGGUUUAACAAAGACUAUAUCACAUCUCAAAUCCCUCGCAGAUUAGUUUAAGAUCUAACAUCUAUAUAUAUUAAUAAAUGAGAUGAUGUGGGCUAUAUGUCUUUGAAUGGUGAAGCCAUUUUGAUGAUGUGGCAACCAUUGGUUGAGUAGAGAGUGAUUUUGGGAGGGAAUUCUCUAUAAAUAAACCAAAUUCACAAAACACAAACCAAAACUUACUUCCACGCGGGAUCCGAAUUGUUUGGGUCGGUUUAUUCCAGUUUUCUAAAAAACCCAUUUUGAAUAUGGAUCCUAUUUGUUAUUUUGACUCAAUUAUUCUUCAUAAACAUCUUCUUACAAACAAGUUCUUUCUCUCUGUUCUCUCUCUUCUACCUACCUUCUCCUAUCAUAAACUUAAAGCAAGAAUCCUUCACAAAUCAAAGAUCAUUCCACUUAUUCUGCAGUAUACGACGCCGUUGACAUUUUCGGGAUCGUACAAGGACCGAGGAAGUGGAGGAGGUAGGGGUUCGGGUACUACAAGUUGUAGGGGGUCUACAGUGAGGCCAAGUUUAGAAACGAACAAUCUUAUAAAGUUGUUCCACAGUUUGGAUUCAUUGAAACUCAAGCUUAAUCGAUUGGAAAUUGAAGUCACAGAUUAUGAUCGAGAACCGAGCGAAUCACAAUCUUAGAUAGAUCUUAAAUUAAAUGUCUACAUAAGAAAAAAAUGAUUGAAAACUAUAACUUUAAUGUCAUUGUGGGUUAACUGCUCAUUUAAUUAGUUGAUGGUUGCAUAGGUGUU